CAUAUAUAAGUGAUCAUGCUUCUCAUAAUACUACAAAGACGACCAAGACAUCUUAUAUAUUUCAAGAGAGUUGAAAGAGAAGAGGAAAGAGAUAUAAAGAUAAAAUGUCAAGUUCUUACGAUGCGUUAGUUUUGCCUAGUCAUGUGAAGACUGUUUUGAUCACUGGGGCUGGAGGUUUCGUAGGCCAACAACUCACUCAACUCCUUCUACAACUUUACCCUUCUAUCCGAUUGAUAACAGUGGAUAUCAACGUUCCUCCUACUUAUGGAAUAACGGAUUCGAACAAACUUAAGAGUGUUAAAGCCGAUUUGGGGGAUUUGGACCAGGUUAAGAGUUUGUUCGAAGGAGAAACCAUCGGAGGGGUAUUCGCUUUGCAUGGUAUCAUGUCAGGUGGAGCUGAAGCGAAUUUCGACCUUGGAUACGCUGUCAACGUCGACGCUCAUCUCAACGUACUCAAAACAGCUGUAGCUCAUGCAGCUACUUUUCCCGAAGGGGAGAAGACGGUUUAUGUGUUCGCUUCGAGUUUAGCAGUUUAUGGAGGACCAAAGUGUAGACCUCAAGAUUUGGUCGUGCCUGCCGACACACCUUUGAUCCCAGAAACCAGUUAUGGUUGUCAAAAACAAAUCAUCGAGACUUACGCAUACGAUUAUGGUCGUCGUGGUAUGCUCGACACUCGUUGUGUUCGUCUGCCCACCGUAGCUAUCCGAUCUGGUGCACCAUCAACCGCAGCAUCAUCUUUCAUCUCCGGUCUCAUCCGUGAACCUCUUCUAGGUCAAAUCUCUGAAUGUCCCAUUGCGUCCGGUCCAGACGAUCCGAUACUCGAUCAAUUGCCCGUAUACCUAAGUAGGACCAAAACUGUCAUUCGAAACCUCGUUUGGGCUCUUUGUAUGCCUCAGAGUUCUUUCAAAGAGAGAGUUAGUAGGAGUUUGAACUUGCCUGGAAUCAGUAUUCUUCCUAGGGACAUAUUAAAUGCUCUUGUCGAACAUGGAGGUGAAGAAGCUCUCAAAUUGGUUCAUUGGAAACGCGAUCCCGUCGUCGUCCGUAUUUGUCUCACCUGGCCAGGAGAUUUUGAUAGUUCUGAAUCCGUUGCGUUGGGUUUUGAGCAGGACGAUACGAAGACUGGGUUUUCUAGUGCCGUUGGAGACUUUAAGGAGUUGUUAGUGGCUCAAGCUAAAUAA